AUCACUUUCAAUCCUUUACUAAUUCCGAACCGCCGGUCCUUCCGAGCUUGACUUAACACCUCCUGUUAGCUGUAAAUAGCCCUGCUAGGCCCUUCAUCUCUACUUCUUGAUUCUUCAACAAUAAGAUAUUUGCUAUCCAGAACUUUAAGUUAUUUCAUAUUUUCACUACUUAUAUAACCAUUCUCAUAGCACUUCCUUAAUCAUCUCGUUCCUCUGGUCAAGCUUCUCUUCUCUUUUGUAAAGUAGAAUAGCUGUCAUUAAGACUCCUCUCCCCACCAUUGCAGAGAUGGGACAAAUGGAGAAUACUAGUACUUCCCUUGUUCUGAUGCUUGUUGGGUCUGCUUUGAUGUUAUGGUUUCACCCAAUACAAGCACAAAAUGGUCUCUUCCAUGAUUAUUAUGCCAAAUCUUGUCCCAAAGUUGAGGCAAUCAUUCAAUCAGUUGUGGCAAAGGCUGUGAAAAAGGAAGCAAGAAUAGCUGCUUCCUUGCUUCGACUACAUUUUCAUGACUGUUUUGUUAAGGGAUGUGAUGCUUCACUUCUUCUUGACGACACCUCCAACUUCACAGGAGAGAAGACAGCUAAUCCCAACAGGAACUCUGCGAGAGGUUUCAACGUUGUGGAUAAUAUAAAGAGUGCAGUGGAGAAAGCCUGUCCAGGUGUUGUGUCUUGUGCUGAUAUUCUUGCUGUGGCAGCUCGGGAUUCAGUACUCAUUAGUGGAGGACCUUCAUGGGUUGUUCCUUUGGGGAGAAGGGAUUCGAGAGGUGCAAGCAUACAAGGAGCGAACAAUAAUAUUCCUCAACCCAACUCAACCCAUCAGACAUUGGAGACCAAAUUCAAACUCAAAGGGCUCAACGUGGUUGACCUUGUAGUUCUCUCUGCUGGACACACCAUUGGAUUAUCCAGGUGCACAAGCUUCAAGCAAAGGCUAUACAACUUGACAGGAAAUGGAAAGCCGGAUCCCACUGUGGACCAGGGGUAUUUAAAGCAGUUGAGGACUUUAUGUCCCCAAACCGGUACAGACGACAACCAAACCACACCACUGGAUCCUGUUAGCCCCACUAAAUUUGACACAAACUAUUUCAAAAACUUGGAAGUAGGAAGAGGUCUUCUCAUCACAGAUGAGAUUCUGUAUACUACAAAAGGGAGCGAGACGGCAGCCUUAGUGAAGUUUUAUGCCAGGCAUUCCCAGGCUUUCUUCCAACAAUUUGCUAAGUCUAUUAUAAAGAUGGGCAACAUUACUCCUCUCAUCAAGCCUCGUGGAGAGAUUAGAAAAAACUGUCGUAAAAUGAAUUAGUCAGAUGUUAUCUCUUUUGGAUUGAACUUUAAAGAUCUGUUAUUUUAUUGUUGGGUUAAGCACAUUUAUGUCUUGAAUAAUCUUUGUAUUAGGUGAUUUCAGAAAACAAACAUUUUUAGGCCUUGUCAGGCCAGGCGUGUUUACAGUUCUUGCAGGUGUGCAUGUAAAUGGCACGAUUUGCCUGCUAUUAAAUAAAUGUAUUCCAGCUUUCAAUGGGUUUUUAA